AUGUCUGUCACAAUUGCCAACCGAAUAGUGAACCCAAUCGGCUUCGGCUUGAUGGGCCUCACUGCUCGCCAAAACUCCCCAUCCUUUGAUGAAUCCAUAAAAGUCAUGAAACGCGCCCUCGAACUAGGGGCCACAUUCUGGAACGGCGGCGAAUUCUACGGGCCCCCCGAAUCCAAUUCCCUGCACUUGCUCGAAUACUACUUUCGCAAAUACCCCGAAGACGUAGAUAAGGUCACUCUCAGCAUCAAGGGCUGCUUUUCAAUUCACGAUGGUCGUGGUCCGGAUAACAGUCCCGAGGGCGUCCGCAAGAGUGUCGAGAACUGUCUCUCCAUACUCCAGGGUCGAGUCCCCAUCCACAUCUUUGAGCCAGCUCGAAUCGACCCCAACACCCCAAUUGAAGAGACCAUCAAAGUCCUCGCAGAAUACGUCAAACAAGGCAAAAUCGGCGCUAUAGGCCUAAGCGAAGCCGGUUCAAAGACCAUCCGUCGUGCUCACGCCAUCCAUCCCAUCUCCUCAGUUGAACUAGAACUCUCCCUCUUCACACCCGACAUCCUUGAGAACGGUAUCGCAGCUACAUGCGCUGACCUUCAAAUCCCCAUUGUAGCUUACUCCCCUUUAGGGGCGGGUUUCCUAUCCGACCGGUUCAGAAAACUCUCUGAUUUAAGCGAAAGCGAAUUUCGACGUUAUCAACCCCGCUUUCAGCCUGGUGCUUUUGAGGCGAAUGUUCGUAUUGCGGAUGAAGUGAGGAAGAUCGCCCAGGCCCGGGCUGGAGACAGCGCGGCUACUACGGCGCAGGUAGCUAUUGCAUGGGUUCUGGCUCAGGGCGAGAAGGUUGGAUUACCGUCUGGUAUGGUGGUUAUACCUGGUUCCACGACUGUUGAGAGGGUGGAAGAGAAUAUGAAAGAGGUCAAACUGAGUGAGGAAGAGUUGCAUGCCCUAAACAAAAUUGUGGAGGAGAAUGAUGUUCAGGGGGGGAGGUAUAUGGAGUCUUUGGCUAAGCUUAUUAAUGGUUAA